AUGCCUGCAGACACCCCAGGGAAGCCGAGAGCUUCGCCGCUGGCAGGAGCGCCGGCCAGCGCCAACAGAACCCCGAAUAAGCCCCGAAGCGCGGCGGAGCACCGAAAGUCCUCCAAACCGGUCAUGGAGAAGCGGCGCCGAGCGCGCAUCAACGAAAGCCUCGCGCAGCUCAAGACCCUCAUCCUGGACGCCUUCAGGAAGGAUAGUUCCCGCCAUUCGAAGCUGGAAAAAGCAGACAUCCUGGAGAUGACCGUCAGGCACCUGCAGAGUCUGCGGCGUGUGCAGGUGACAGCCGCGCUCAGCGCUGACCCCGCCGUCCUGGGCAAGUACCGCGCCGGCUUCAAUGAGUGUCUAGCGGAGGUGAAUCGCUUCUUGGCCGGCUGCGAGGGCGUCCCGGCCGACGUCCGUUCUCGCCUGCUUGGCCACCUGGCCGCCUGCCUGGGCCAGCUGGGGCCCUCGCGCCGCCCGGCUCCAUCGUCCCCCGCUGCGGAGGCCCGGGGGCCCGAAGUCUACGCCGGUUGCCCGCCGCUCCUGGCAUUCGACCGCCCCUUACCCCUGCUGCGCCCUGGGUCUGCCUUCGCGCUGCGGCUCCCUCCAGGCCUGACUGGGGCGCCCCCCAACACCUCUAGGGCGGGGCUGCAGAACCGGGACGCGCCCUGGAGGCCGUGGCUGCGGUGA